UGUUUUUAAUUUAAAACAAAAAACAAACAAACUGACAACCCAUGAGCCAAUAAUACGACGAGUAAACAAAUACUUGUUCUAGUGAGAGGUUCGUCAUUUCCGCUUCCGGUUCAAACGUAUUUACACAAAAACGAAGACAGUGUGUGAAAAAUGAGUGGCGGUUUGGCCCCGAGUAAAAGCACUGUUUACAUUUCUAACCUGCCGUUUUCGCUGACUAAUAACGACUUGCACAAGUUAUGCACGAAAUACGGCAAAGUUGUUAAGGUGACGAUUGUGAAGGACAAACAAACGCGGAAGAGUAAAGGUGUCGCGUUUGUGCUGUUCCUGGACAGAGAGUCUGCUCAUAACUGUUCUCGGUCUCUGAACCACAAGGAGCUCUUCGGCAGGACGGUGAAGGCCAGCAUCGCUAUUGAUAACGGAAGAGCUGCGGAGUUCAUCAGGAGAAGAAACUAUACCGACAAGUCCAAGUGUUACGAGUGUGGCGAAGACGGUCACUUGAGUUACUCCUGCCCAAACAAUUUGCUCGGAGAAAGAGAGCCUCCACCCAAAAAGGAAAAGAAGAAGAAGAAGAAGUUGAUGAUGAAGCACGUCGACGAGGUUGAGCCCGAGGAAAGCGAAGAUGAAGGAGAAGACCCUGCAUUGGACAGUUUAAGCCAGGCCAUUGCUUUCCAGCAAGCUCGGAUUGAAGAGGAAGACAGACGAAGGAAGCAGACUGCAGGAGACUCGAGCCACACUUCCACAUCAGACAGCUCGUAUAAACCCAGGAUCAAGAAGAGCACAUACUUCAGUGAUGAGGAAGAGCUGAGUGACUGACUGAUGAACAUUUUCCACUCCUAAGAUCUUUAUUAUCAAAGAUCAGUUAAAAUAUCUCCAAGGCUUUUCAAGAACUUGCAAGUAAAAUACAGUUAAAAGAAGUAAAUCUGUCACUUGGUGUUUGGAAAGCUUUAGUAACUGAUGCGUGAACAACACCUUAUUGUGAUUGGAAAAGUUGUGGUCACUCUGUACAGCAAUUCAGAAUUGAAUUUGACUUUUAAAAGUCUGUGUUAAUUGUUUUACUCAUUUUCUUUUGUAUUGUAAAUAAUAAAGCAAAGAAUGUCUACUCAUCAGUACAGAUGUUUACUGAAGGAUUCCAUGACAUAAUGCAAUGCUAUGCAGAUAAAGCCAAAAUAUGACUAGUUUGUGUUGAACUGUGGUAAUGAUGAACUGUUGAAUAUUUAGUUUAAUAUUUAGUACAUGUUCAGCUAAAAUAUGAAUAGUUUGAAAUUGAAUUUAAAAAUACCCUUAACAUUAAAAUGAUUACAUUAUUAUGUACAAUGAUUCAUCUUUCCACAGGUGAAGAAAUAUAAUACUGGUGCACAGUCUUUCUGAUACAAAUCUGAAAACAAAUUAAAAUCCAUUCAUCUGUUCAUUUUCCAUACCGCUUAUCCUACACAGGGUCAGGGGGAGCUGGAGCCUCUCCCAGGGCACAAGGUGGGGGACAGGGUGCCAACCCAUUGCAGGGCACAAUCACACACACAUUCAUUCACUGUGAACAAUUUGUAAAUGCCAAUCAACUUACAGCAUGUGUCUUUGGACUGGGGGAAGAAGCCAGAGUUCCAGGAGGAAACUCCCGAAGCACAGGGAGAACAUGCAAACUCAGUGCACACAGGGCAGAGGGGGGAUUUGAAUCCCCAACUCCAGAGGUUCGAGGCAAAUGUGCUAACCACUAAGUCCAAUUUUAUACCAUUUUAAUAAAAUACAAGUAAAAUGAGAAUGGAUAAAAAAUAGGGGAAAAAAAUCCCUCUCAGUUUAAAACUGCAAACCAGUUAUAUAACUUCAGUUCUUUGACUUUGUGCGUUGGGGGCGUGGGAUAGGUUGGUGUUCCAUUCUGUGUGCAUUCCCACCUUGCAUUCAGUGUUCCUUGGAAAUGCUCCAGAUAAAGUGGUUAAUCAAGAUGAAUGAACAAAUGAUAUUUGACGACAUCUGCCUCUGACUAAAGGCAUAGCACAUAUUUAAAGAAAUCUUAUGUUCUACAACAGUUCUUUGGAGAGUCAAAGGCUUGCCAGUCAUAGGGUUAUACAUACAAUAUUUAAUGGUUUAUCAAGAGAAAGUAACUGAAGAACCUUUAAGGGGAUUAUAGAUGUGACCUAAAUUUCUGAUUUCUAAAAGUGUAGCUA